AUGAGCCAUCCUCGUAGUGAUAAUAUACCGUCGGCUCAUUUAAGAGUGAUGUUGCCGUCGACGAAUAUAGAUCACGGAAUGCCACCACCGUUUAUUGACAUAAACAAUCUCCAAGAUAUACCACCGCCACAAGCUGACUUCUCAGCGCCGCCACCUUAUGAUGUGGCUGCAAACUCCAAACUACCCACAUAUGAGGAAGUGCAGAGAGAGAAGCAAAUGGAGGGGGAAGAUCUCCAACAGAUGCAAGGCCCCCCUCCGCAUCAGCCCACGUUCGCAGCGUUCGUGACGGUAGAGCCGACGGAGGGUACGGCGGAGCAACUCGACCCAGAGAACAGUCUACUUGGUACUGACAUCAUGUUUCUAACAUCAUUUUUUGUGGCAUUUCUCUUCAACUGGAUCGGGUUCCUUUUGUUGAUGUGCUUCUGUCACACGGUGGCUAGUCGCUAUGGAGCGCUUGCUGGCUUCGGAUUGUCCCUCGCCAAGUGGACCCUCAUCGUGAAGCAUUCCACGGAGCUCGCCUCCCAUGAGAACUCCUGGCUCUGGUGGCUUAUUAUGGCAUUUGGUAUUUUAAUCUGCGUACGUGCCAUCAUCCAGUACCUAAACAUCAAACGCGGUUGGCGUCUGCUCUCUGGCACGGCCCAAGAACGACUGCUUUUCUUCUAUUAA